GCUUGUUUUGAAAAAGCACAUUCAAGUGUUCCUUUGUCCGCAGUCGAAAUUCAGCCCCAGACUCGAAGAGUCAUGUGAUCAGCUUUUCUAAUGGCACACCUCUGCUUCAUAGCGAAUCACCAGAUGUGAGCCUUGAAGAUCAGUAUCACCACUGCACGCGAUUCCAGUAUGACAAGAGGUGCCGUAGUUGCAUUACAGGAAACUUACCGCAGGGCCUGUCAAAAAACAAGAUCUAAAAGAAGUCAAACCAUCAUUAUUUUUUGAACCUUCCCUUAUCUGAUUUUUCAUUUUAUCAACAUAUUAUAUUGGCGGUAUUCAGUAGCCAUCAGCUCGAAGGUCUGGUCAGACCUGUGCACACCAAUCGCAGUGCGCUCUUCCCCACCAGCUCUGGUCUUGGAACAUGAUUCUACGCACUUGCAUAAUUCUCUAGAAUCUAAAAUACCAGCAUGGGAAACAGAAUCAACGGUUUUCUUGGAGGCGUUGCCUUGACCGGAUUUAUCACAAUGUCCACCAGUGCGGCCAUAAAACGUUCUGAGGCCAUUAACUCUGCGCAAAUUCGUCACUGUGACGAAUUCAUCAACAACCGAAUUCUUACGGAUACCCAUUUCCGCGAGAACGCAGCGCCUAUCAACAAGCGAGUAUUCCUGACUCACAGGCCAUCCAUGUGGGAGACGUGCAAGGAUAUCUGGAACGAGGAAAUCAUCAAGAUGGUGAACAAUGUAUACUCUAUCAACUGGCACAAGUUGGGGCUUGAGGCAGAUAAGAGAAUCGGCAAAAUGGCAGACAAGGUGUUGCAUGGGUCUGUAGAGAAGUGAAUUGGUGUAUAGAGAGAAAACAUAAUACAAUAAGAAAAUGAACGGCCCUUCUGGGAAUUCCAAUGGUAGACGAAGCGAGU